ACACGCGCCGCUACCAGUCCAACAAUCACGCGAUAUAAAAUCGUCUUAUCUCGAUCCCGUUGCUUCAACGAGCCUCCUUUUUUCUUACGAUCACUGAAACGAUCGUCGCGAAAACGAGUUACGUUUCAGUUUAAUCGUGGAUCCACGACGAUUUGCGUCUUAUCGUGACGAUAAGACUUUGUGAAAAUUGUGAUAAACGUGCGUUUUAUGAUUCUUAUCGUUUACUAUAGAACAUUGUGCGGGCUCAUCGAUGCCAAUUUGGUACCGAUGGAUAUGUCAUGGUAAUACAAUGGUGCACGGUGAAUACACAGAGUGAAUAAUUUUAAAGGCUCGCCACGUUUCGCUUUCACUUGUAUCGAUAAAAGUUUCUGACGUUUCGAGAUUUCAACAAAUUAUAGUUUGCCGAACCUUUUUAUUAUCCUAUCCGCCUUGAAAGCUAUUGUGCUAUGAACUUUCGAAUUCGUCUAUCGCCAAGGUAAUCGGCGAAAAUAUAGGUACAACUAGCGGAGGCGAGCGCGCGUUCUUGUUACGCCACGUGCCAUACAGAGAUAUGUCGACUGUCAUGGGGGUCACCGGUGAACGGCACCGUCAAUUCUAUAUACAAGAAGAGAAAUUCAAGAAAAUUUCAAGCAGUAGGAAAUGGAUAGCUUUGAUUUAACAAGCUUUGAUAUCAAACACUUAUUAAUAAGAAUUUUUCAGAGAAAUUCAUUUUUACUAAUAGAAGAGGAUAAGGCAGACAAUUAUUUCGCACACGCUUAUCGUUGAUAGUCUUUUAAGAUUCCUUUGCCGUUCUAAUCGGCUGAACUUCGCACCACCUUGAGCAACCUUAUCGGCGCAUACACGAACGUGGCAACGUGUGUUACGUGGUGGUUCACGAUGGUGCAUCGAUCUAACCUGGUGCUAAUUAUGCACCCAGAAUCGAGAACACCGACCCUCUUGCACCUACGGUGAUGAUUUCCUUAUUUUUUCAUUCUUGGAUCGUCAAAGAGGUUAAACGUUUCUUACUUUUCUUUUUUGCGAACUCAGUCUUCAAAAAUCAUUCGCGUUAGAAAUUGGACGGACAAAGAAAAAGUGAGCAAAAUUCAAUAUCCAUGUUUCAUGCAUUUUCGCGUUUCACUUUUGCGAGCAGUACAGUUAAGCUUGUUGCAUUUUUGCACUGUUAUCGAACUGCAAACACGUUCUUGCUCGUGACGUUUCGCGUUCAUCCACGAUAAAACCGCGAUACGCUCCUACUUUUACGAUAGCGUUAAUUGUCGAUGACGAAACGCGUUUGUUCGAUGUUUACUCCUAAAAAAAAAAGGAAAAAUUAACGCCUGAAAUACCUGUUUAUUAAUAAAACUUUUUGGUCGAUGCUGUAACACGUUGACCUUUUUCACAGCACAGUGAAAAAGGACGAGUGUAAUUGCAAUUAUUCAGGAUAUCACAAUUUUAUUUUCAAGCUUUCCACUUUCUAUUUUGCGCAAUUGAUAUAAUAUCGAUGCUAUUAAAAAUUAUCUUCGUUUCUAAAAAUUCCAUAGACAAUUUUCGACUAGCCACGAAAAAAAAAACUUACAAUCAAGUAUGAUAACUUCGAUAUGGUAAAUUCAUGUCGCAAUGAUAAGAACACGAUAAGAAAAAAAAAUACACUGAUACAGUUUAAGUGCGUUUCUAACUGCAACAAUUAUUGCCACGUGACUUCGUGGAAACACAUCGCAAUAUCACAAAUAAAGAAACUUUUGUAAACUUGCCAAAGAAUAUCUUCAAUUUUGAAACUUGAAACAUAGAAAGAAAAUUGUAGCGUAUUAUUAAAUUUAUCGUUCAAGAAUGGAAGGUGAGCGAUAACGUGGCGCGAUAGUUAAUUCGACAUGAUUUAUUAAUCAAGUUUAUUAAUUUCACCAAAGCUUUGAAUAGUAAAAUCAAUAGCUAUCCGCAAGAUUGAUAUAAUUGAUCCUUUUAUUGUUUAUUGAUGAUAAUUUGCCUCUGGGUAGCGACGUUUAAUUAAUUGCAGGCUUUAAUGAGAUCACUUCGCAAAGCUAACAACACGAUGUUGCUAGCUCGUUAUCAGUGUUCAUUACGAUUCCUUUUUAAUCCCUAUUGUUUGCUCGCUGAUUGUUAAAAAGGGAAGUAAGCUUGGAAAUUUUGAAAUUAAUAUUGUGUAUCCGUCUAACGAACAAUAAGCAAGUUCAGAAAGAACUGGAAAUUUGCAGUAGAGGGGAUGGCCACUUUGGCACGACCUUCGCUAUGGAAGUUUGCUUCGUAUUAUUGUCGCACAAUUAGUUCUAUUGGCAUUCGGUGUCUGUUCGUCAUAAUGCGAGUCCAUCAAUUUGCAAUAAUCGAAAUACAAACGUUUGCAGUAAUCGUUGUUGCAUCUGAAGCAGUCAAGCGCGACCUCGACGAACCCAGCAUCUUUUUGGACAAUUAAUCUAGUUUGUGUUACUAUCGAGCCUAUUCAAUUUACAAUCAUCGAGAUAUAAAUGUUUCGAGUAAUCACGGUUGCGCAUGAAAUGAUCCAAGUUGAUCUGGAUGAACCCUGAAUCUUCCUGGACAAUUAAUUCAUCGUAAUCUGAAGCUUAUUGAGAGUAUUAAUAUACAAUAAUCGAGAUAUAAUCUAACCCCUUGAAUCCCUUUGGGGGAAGGAAACAGGACUGAUUUGACCAGUUAAGAAACGACUUGGUACCUUUUUAAGUCAAUUUAUUGAAAAGGAAGUGUACUGGUGUUAAAAAUCUUGGCAAGAUGACAACGCUGAAGAAGGAUGAGAAGAGGGCUUCGAAGAAGUCAAAGAAGGGGAGCCAGAAAGCAUCCAGUCGCAGCGUGAAGCCGGUAAAGGAAGAUCGUGUAAGGAACAAGAAGUCGAAGGAAGAAUCAGGUACAACGUUGGAUGAACCAGAGAACGGGUCACUGUGCUAUAACAUCAAAGACGAUGUACCGGAAGAGGUGACGGAGAACCCGGUAAAGAGUGGCGGAAAAUUCGAACGCAAAUCAUCGUUUCGUCGGAAACUCGGUGUACUGAUAAGACACAGUACCGAGUUACCGGCGGCGAUAAACCGGGGUCUGGAACCCAUUAAACGUAGUCUAAGCUUUAGCAAAGAUUUAAAUCGAUUACACGAACCCAACAAACCAUACAGGGCGCGUGGCGCUCAUUGGUACAACAGUUUGGUGUCCUUGGCAGAGGAUGAGUGUCUGGAUGAACCGGAUGUUGCCACGUCGAGGAACAGCGUGUCUGAAGAAUUUCUUUCCCCGAAGGUUCAAGUCACAAGGACCCAGAGUCUCAUCGACACCACUUCUGCUAGAAGUCCAAGGCGACGGGUGAACGAGCUUCUGAAUCGAACCGCUCCUUACGGACGACACAGCGAUCACUAUGACUCCACUAUAGAUUUGAGUAAACCACCCUGCGAAGCUAGUAGCCUUCCGGUUCUGAGCCAUACUUGCAAUAAUGAAAAUUGCAGCGUACCUCACCGUGAAUGGGAGCAACAGGUCAGGAGCGAAUGCAGAAGCCUGAAAGCCGGUGUUCGAAAUUUGUCUCUGCUGCAUGUCGGACAAUUCUCCGCGAACCACCACAAGGUGCGUUCGAGGUCGUUGACCCAGUUGGACGCUCUGGGCAGCAGCAUGCUGGACACGGGAGAUCACCAUCUGGGGGGUGGACCCUCGCAGCAGCAACCCCAUCACCUCCACCACCACUAUCAACCUCAAAAUGUAGAAAGUGAUCCUCGUUUUCUUGUGCCUAACGCCGCGUCCGUCGAGUCCGCCCAUCAAAACCGCUCCAGGCACAAAUUGUCUCGAUCACAGGUAUCUAGUAGCGAGUACUUCAGUGUCAGCUUCGACUUCUCCGACGAAGCGAGUACCUUAGACCGGGACGAGUUUUUACCUGCUACAAAAGGCACCUGUCUGGCAGAGGCGUUGAACACUGUUUGCGAGAGGCGAGGUAUCGAUCUGUCACGGAUCGAAGUUUUCGACGGUUUCUCCCCGCCAUUGCCGAUCCUGACAACAGACACCUCGAGCCUUGGUGGAAAACACUUGCGAAUAACAGUGAAGGACAAUGACAAAUCGAACUCGAGGUCGACGAAUCAGAGGGCCAACCAAAGCGCUUCGCUGAGGAAAACAAGCGGGAGUUAUCGAAGUCGCAGCGGUCGUUUCUUCAGCGUAUCCACGGAGGACUCGAGCGUCGACUCCGAGGUCAGCAGCAGCACCACGCUCACUUCCGGUCGGAGUUCCGCUGGGGCUGCGGGACUCAAGACCAGUAAACAGCGUUGGAGUGGCUUUUUCACGAAUACGAAGGGUACCAAAUUGGAUCUACUCACUGCUCAACUGGACGAAUACAAUAAACAUGGUGUACCAAAAGUCACGGACAUUCAACUACCCUACGAACUCACCCUCAACGAAGAUGCCUUGUACAACUUAGAGGAAGACUGGCGAGUGAUUGUACAAAAUUCAGACCAAUUGUCAGAAAAACAACAGCAACAACAGACCGCUCUAUGGGAGUUGGCUCAAACGGAAGUGGCUUAUAUCAAGACACUAAAGGUCGUGACAGACCUGUUCAUGGCGUGUCUGUGCAGCCUGCAGGCCUCGAAUAUCCUGAACGAGGUCGACAGGUCGAAACUAUUUAGCAAUAUACCCGAGAUCCACGCCGCCAAUCGUUAUUUCUGGACAGAAUACGUAUUGGCGAUGGUGAACUCUUCGAGAACUACUGGUCAAUCGCUCGAUCCUGGACACCUUUUGCAAGGUUUCGAGACGUUCGAGCAAACGUUCGCACCGUACACCAGAUACUGCGCCGAACAGAGCAGGUGCCAACAGUACUGCAGAGAUCGUUUGAAUGAUAAUCAAUUAUUCACGGUCUAUCUGGUGUGGUGCGAGACUCAGAAGGACUGCAACCGACUCAAACUCCUCGAUAUAUUGGUUAAACCUAUGCAGAGACUGACCAAAUAUUCGCUCCUUCUGAAGGCGGUUCACAAAAACACGGAGAACGAAGAUCAGCGAGCGGAAUUGACGCACAUGAUCAAAUCUGUAGACGAUUUCGUGGCAUCGGUGAACGCCGCUUUGAGGAGGAACGAAGAGACAGCACGAUUGGCUGCCGCUGCCUCUCGUAUAGAGAGCUACGAUGUGGUGGAGUCUAGAGACGAAGAAUUGGAAAAGUUGAUUAAGACACACAGCAUGUUUGACAUCACCACCGUGCCGAUUCCUGGUUGUCCGAAAGACACGUUGAGGGUGCUUCUUCGUGAGGGAGAUUUGAAGUUGAGGGAUGCUGCUAGCAGUAAGAUGGAAGUACAUGUACUGUUGCUGACAGACAUGCUAUUGAUCUGCAAGCCGUCUACCAAGAAAACCUCCUCCAGCGGUCUAAGUGGAACCGCCGGUGGUUGUUUGAAGAUAAUAAGACAACCGUACGUGAUCGAUCGCAUCCGAAUAUACGAGCUAAAAGAGCCAAGCAGCUUAGGAUUGGUAUAUCUGAACGAAUACGGGGCGGCAUCAGCUGCUUUGGUUCUCAGCGCUGGAGAAUCAAAGCUGGCUAAGUCUUGGAUGGAGUCCAUAAGAAAGGCUCAACAACAAUUCGCGUUAAUGAAGGUACCACCGCUUGGAGGUACCAUAAGCCUAGGAGCAGUUAGUCGACAACCCAGUACUUUCCUUGGGGAUGCUGAUUUUGAGGGUGAAGAGUGCGAGGGUAUUCCAAAGACUCCUCGAGGAAGCAGCAGAGCCUCGAGAGUAAGCAGUCUUGCCCACAGUCACAGUCGCGAAACUGUUUCCAGUGGAAGCAUAGAAAUGGAGGGUGUAUCCCCGGGAAGUAGCAGCUUCUUACCCAGCUACAAUCCAAGCAGAAACGUCAGCGUGGAAACUAGCGAACCACCGCGUGCUUCGAGCGUGUCGUCCGAGGAAGGAGGUGAGAGUUCCGGGCACAAUCACAGACCAUUGCAGAUAAGUCCUAACAAAUUUGAUAAUAGACGAUAUCUGCUGAGUAAGUCACCGACGCCCAACACGCUGAGCGUCCAAGUUCCAGCCUACUCUAGUUUGGGCCAAUCGCUGCCAAACUUGACCCUAGCCACCUCGCCACAAACAUCGACCGUGUCUCCGACACCGCCAAACUCACUUCUUAUCGUACCCCAAAUAACAAAGAGCAAGGACACUUUGCUUUCACCAGGGCACCGAGGUAGUAUCUCGUAUCCACCACCGUCACCUCCGAGAGGUGCUCUCAGAAGAGCAUUCGCGAUUCCACAGUCACGAAAUCCACCCCUCGUUAAAACAAGACAUAUAAGCACGUCUGUGACCCAAACGGUUCAGCCUACGAUGAACCUGGACACGGAAGCCAUUGAGGAGAGACGAAGAAGGCUGGAACCUUCGCACAGGAUGCCAUCGACGAGCAGCAUCGCGGAGGAAAAGAAAUGACGAGAACUGGGAUACAAGAGUAACCUACCAAGAAGGUAAAUUGCUAACGGACCAUCUGCUAAUUUGAUGAGGGUGUACGUGAUACGUCGUGUUUAGAAACAAGACGUUGUUUUCUGUUGUCUGUAUGCAAGUGCUGCACACACUUUCAUGCAGAAUCAGAAAAUAGGUUCAAACGAUCGGAAAUGAAUUCAAUUUUGAAGUAGACGAACGUCUCGUACUCCCUUGUGCCUACGAUAUGAAUCGAGCAAUUUUACAAUCGUAAUCUGUUUCAGAUUGGGGCCAUUCGAAAUCAACGCGAAGUUUGUACCACGACCGUAUCGUUGUAACUUAUUUGAUUCUAGCCGUAUAACUUCUUAGGUCUCAUUUUGUAAAUUAAUCAAAGGUGAACUGAGGCUGAAAAACGACUCACGUUUCACAAUGUUACCCUAGUUCAUUUAGAAUUCUAAGCGACGAACAGAACAGAAUAAUAAAAAAUGGCCUACUUAGAGUAAUUAAUCUUACGAGGACUAUUUAUCGUGAUUUUAAGUUUAGACGAGUUAUAAUGCUAGCUGAAUUUAAGACGCCUCUAGUGAAUAAUUUUAACACUUAACAACCAGUUCGAGUUCACGAUUUAACGAAUAUUCAAAGUUAAAUAACAACGCGAACAAGUUUUAGAGGAUACACGCGCGUAGAAAUAAAUUACACUUUACGUAGAUGAGAAAUUGCGCUAAUUCCUCGUACAAGCUUCGGUAUAAAAGUAAUUUAAAGAGAAAUAAAAGUGUGGAAGAAUACGAGACGCAUCAAUGAGCGAACGAGAAAGGAAGAAGAUAGAAAGAUAUGUUUACUUUAAGUACAAAUUCGAUUUCGCAAUAUUUUGUUCAAGAGACUGAACUAAAAAUGAAUCGGGGCUGUCGACGAAUGCCACCCUAACUAGAGACAACAAUACGUAGAGAGAAAACAAGAGCAAUGAUUUUAUACGAGCUCCUUAUGUAAGGUUUCUUUUGACCCCAUCAAAUUUUCGCAGCUUGCAUUAAGCUUAAAGAAGAAAAAAAAAAA